AUGUCACUCCUCAUAACGAUAUUCCUCCUCGUCUUCAUCACGCAGCUCGUCUCGUGGAUAGGACAAACUGUCCUCUUGGAGCUCGCAUACGCACUAUACCUCCGCCUAACUCGCUCAGCCGCAUUCGCCCGGCAACAAGCGUUAAAAUCAGAGAUAUUAGCGACGAAAUCUGAGCUGUUGAAGACGAGUGCGCAGGAUCAGUUCGCAAAGUGGGCGAAGCUUAGGAGGAGCGUUGAUAAAGGCUUGGCGGACCUGGAGAAGUUGAACUCCCAAAUCGCCUCCUCAAAAUCAUCCUUCUCCCUAAAAUUUAACAGCGCGAUAUGGAUCUUGACUACGGGGGUGCAGUUCGUCGUUGGGUGGUGGUAUAGACGGCAGCCUGUGUUUUACCUCCCUGAAGGGUGGUUUGGGCCACUCGCGUGGUGGUUGGCUUUCCCGUUUGCGCCUGCUGGCUCGGUGAGUGUUGGGGUGUGGCAAAUGGCGUGUAAAAGGGUUGUGGUUCUCGGAGAGCGCGUGGUGAAAGAUUUGACAGGUGAGAGCUUGGAUUACGUUCAUGUCUCAUCAUGA